AUGAGCCUAGCUCAAAGAAAUGAUUGCCACCACAGUUUACAGGAAAUUUUAGAAGGAAAUGACAAAAUACCUUCCAGGGAUUUGGCAGUAGGAAUAAUGUUUUUGUCACAGACUAUGGUUGGAGUUCUGGGAAAUUUUUCUCUUCUUUAUCAUUAUUUUUUUCUUCGCCAUGUGAAAAGCAGAUUGAGGUCCAUAGAUUUGAUUCUCAAGCACCUGUUUAUAGCUAAUUCUUUAGUUAUUCUUUCAAAAGGACCUUCCCAGACAAUGGUAGCCUUUGGGUCAAAACAUUUAUUCAGUGAAUUUAGUUGCAGACUUAUCUUAUAUGUCCUCAGAGUGGGCAGGGCUGUGUCAAUUUUUACCACGUGCCUCUUGAGUGUCUUCCAGACUAUCAUAAUCAGCCCCAUGGACUCUUGUUGGAAGAAUCUUAAAACAAAAGCUCCAAAGUACAUUGGAUUCUCCAUGUCCCUCUGCUGGUUGCUACAAAUAGGGGUACAUUUCACAUUCCCUCUGUAUGUGUGGUAUGUAUCUGGAAAAUCAGAUAGCAGAAACAUCACAAGGAAAAGACAUAUGGCACUCUGUUCUGUUGUAGAUUAUGGGACAAUCAUGGGUUCAGCCUAUAUUGCAUUAGUAGUAUUUCCUGAGGUUUCUUUUAUUGUGCUCACAAUCUGGGCCAGUGGCUCUAUGAUUUUUGUCCUGUACAGACACAAACAGCAGGUUAAACACAUUCAUAGCACUAAUGUUUCCUCCACAUCCUCUGAGUCCAGAGCCACCAAAAGCAUCCUUCUCCUGGUGAGCACCUUUGUAUCAUUUUACAUCAUCUCCUCAACCUUUCACAUUUGUAGUGCUCUUUCUUAUAAUCUCAGUUGGUGGUUGGUGAGGAUUUCUGGCCUAAUUUCUGUGUGUUUCCCAACUAUCAGCCCCUUUCUGAUCAUGAGCCAGGAUUCCUCUAUAUCCAUGGUCUGGUUUGUAUGGAUAAGAAACAGAAAAAGUCCUCUUCUUCUCAGAAACAUAUAG